UCCCGAAGACGCUUACGAUUCGCUCUAUAAAGACAUCGUCACAGAAAUGGUAACCACUUCUGCUGACAAACACAUCCCAAGAAUUGAACACAAAGUGAAUCCGAUUUCCUAUGAGUUAUCCAAAGAUGGAAUCACUUCUUCGGGCCUUAAGUUCAAUGAAUUUGAAGACAAGUCUUUGGAAGAGAAGGAGAAGAAGACAAUAAAUCCGAAAUCAGUGGCCAAUGUCUUCAUCCAAGAGAUCAUCAAAUUCAGCAAAACUGGAGCCAAAGGAACAGUAGAUCAACCGAAAGGUCUCAUGGAAUCAGAUCCUCAAAGAUUGGUUCAAAUGCUAAAGAGUUUGUGCGAAGACGUGAAGAAACUACUGAUGAGUGAAAGCCAUUGUCUGUCGAUUGCAUCACCGGUUGUAGUGGUCGGCGAUAUUCACGGAAACAUUGAAGACUUGCUGACCAUUGAGAACACAUUGUCGAUCUCAAAGCUGAUCCCGACCUCAAAGUAUCUCUAUUUAGGCGAUUAUGUGGAUCGCGGGAAGUGGUCAGUCGAGUGCGCCGUUUAUCUCUUAUCCCUGAAAGUACUGUCGCCUCAAAACAUCCAUCUCUUGCGCGGCAAUCAUGAGGUCCGAGAGCUUCAAGAGUUUUUCACAUUCAAAGAGGAAUGCACUGCAAAAUAUGGUCCACAGAAUCGCGUCUAUCAUCUGCUGAACGAUGUGUUUGACUGCCUCUCAGUGUCUGCCGUUGUGGACGACACCAUCUUCUGCUGUCACGGAGGCAUACCGUCCAGCGUUCACACCAUUCGUGAGAUACAAGCGAUUCCAAAGCCAUUGAGAGAUCCGUCGGCUGUUGAGUGUCUGCCCGCACACGAGCUCUUGUGGAACGACCCGAGCACUCAAGAGUCAUAUGAGGCCACCAUUGAAUUGGUCGGA